UUAAAAUAUUUAAGUGUAUUUUUAAGAUUUUUUAAAACAUGACACGAUGACAUGUUUGAUUGAGUAGGUCAUUAGUUGCUUUAUCAUCAAUAGAGUAUCUUAUCUUGUCCAAAGAUUAUUUACUUUGUGCGCAAUGAUAACACUUUGAGUUGACAUUUCAUUUUCUUUUACUCCAUUCUCUUUUUUUAAACACUUAGAGCAACACUUGUCGUUAACGUUAACUCUGUAACUUAUAAUUAAACAUUUUCUAAUUAUAGUUUAUACUUUUUUUUAAAAUUUUACUUAGCAGACUGCAUUGAUUUGAAAACAGUGUCCUAGUUGUAUUUUUAAUUGAACUCCAGUUAUGAGUAGACGAGUAUGAAAAUCAUGAAUAAAUUAACAACUAGCCCGGUUCCUGAAAUAGCCUAUUGUAUAAAUUCACCAAUUAUUUGCCUGUAGUCUCGAUUUUAAAUGGCUUAGACUUUUUUUUUUUAUUUUUUUAAUGCAUAAGUUUUUAAAAUGUGUUUUUAGUUAAAGUGAUAAAUAAAAGAAAAGUUAUGGCAGAUGAGUGGAGAUCAUUAAAAGUUUAUGAUGAAAACAUUUGAAAGUGAAGAAAAAAAAAUAUCAGUCUAAAAAAAAUGACCAACUUUAUUUUUAAAAAAAUAUUUUAAAAUGGGGCUCAAGUAACGCUUUUGUCAUCUUCUAUGUGGAAGUAUUUUCUGUCUAGAUAAUACGGAUCGGAAAUGGUGGUAAUAAUGUCUUCAUUAAUAUACAUUUAUUUUGUAUUGACAACGUCGUUAAUAUCAGCGGCACCUGAUAAUAGCGGCUCAUUUAUUGGCUCAGGAACAAAUGCAAUUUAUUUUACGGAACGUGAUCCUUCUGUGAGAAAAUGCCGGCAUAGUAAAGUGUACGGUAUGGUACAAGCCAUGUGUGCUGAUCUAAAUCUUCAACAAAUUCCACCAAAUCUUCAGUCAAACAUUCAGGUACUAGAAUUUUCAGGCAAUCGAUUGAGAGAACUCACUAACAAUACAUUAUUAUCAUACACAAGUCUGUCGUAUGUUUACUUUGUCGAUAAUUUCAUUCGUAAUAUCGAAGACGGUGCAUUUAUGAAGCUCAGGAAUCUUCAAGUGUUAGAUUUAACAACCAAUGCGAUAACUGAUUUUCCUAAAAACAUUUUAUCGCUACCACAACUAAGAAGUUUAUAUUUAAGCGACAAUAAACUUAAAGACGAUGCUCUAGUACCAAUAUCAUCAAUAGAGGAUUCAAAUAUUGAAAUUUUAGAUUUAUCUCGUAAUUUAUUAAAUAAAUUACCACCAGCCCGUGCUCUUACUCAACUCAAAGAACUUAAUGUGUCUGGGAAUUCCAUAUCAUUUAUCAAAGCCUCUGAAAUCGCUGCAUUUUGUUCCUUAAAGACUCUUGACAUCUCACAUAAUCCCGUUGUGUCAAUCGACAAUUGCGAGUGUCAAGAAAUAAAUGCGUGGAUUAAAUUUAAUAAAAUAAAAAUGAUUCCACCGAAAGUUAGCUGCAGUAGCAGCGAUAUUCCAACAGAGUCUGCUAAAUGUAUUUUAACAACUCCUUCACCUGAACGAUUGAUCUCCAAUGAAACAAUGCAGGUAUAUAAUAAUUGUAAAAAUAAUAUUGUAAUGCGUGAACAAUUAAUCAAAGCUCGCAAUACAUGGAUUAUCGCGUCUUCGUGCAUUGGUGUUAUUAUUAUUAUCACACUGGUAGCACUUUACUUAAUACGCAGACGUAAUAAAAAACGUAAAUUUCGUAAUGUUACGAAUAAUUUGGCGGCAACUCAUAACGUUAAUGACGAAUUACUUAAUGGAAAUAGUAUUAAUGAAAAAAAAUAAUUAUAAUAAUAGUAUAUUUAUUAUUACUAUUAAUUUAUAAAUUAUUUUGUUUAUAUAUAUAUUAUAUAUUUUUUGUACAAAACUAUGUUAUA